AUGGAAAAAGUGCACCCUUCAACAACUCCUGAAGUGCCGCCGCAGCCGGCUACUUCCAGGAGUCGCCCAGGCUGGUGCGGCCGGCGCUUUUUACUCGGCUUGGUGCUGUUCAUGCACGUUACCGUGUGCCUGUAUUUGACCAUGUGGAUCGUCGUCACUCUCUUCGCCCGAGGAGUCGACGUUGCCGUGGCGAAUGCGUACUCGCCCAUCACAGUGAUGGGUUCGUAUGCCGUGCUAAUUGCGCUCAACGCAUAUGCUGUGAUGGCGGCACUCUUCCCCAAGAGGAUACCCUCAAUAUCUCUUCCGUCGACGGAGCGGAUCACGGCUUGGUCAUCGGGAUUGUUAGACAAAGUGGCAAAGCCCCAACACCCACCCACGUUUUCCCCCUCUGUGCAGUCCAUCCUGAUGACCGAAGAAGUCCAAGACUGUAUCAUCAUUGCAUUCAACCUGGUUCAGGUUGGAUGCCAGAGCUUCCAAGCGUUCGCCAUGUUCCAAACGUUGGUCGAGCCGGUCAAAGUCAUCUCGUACGGUCUCGUGGUGGUAUUAUACAGCUUUGCAUCGCCGCUUCUAUUGUUCAUUCGAAGCGUGGGAACCAAGUCGGCAGUCCUCAAUCUGGCGGACGCAAUUGUGUGUUUCAUCUUGUCGACCGGCCACCCCCUAUUCUCCCUCAUCAUUACCGUCUUUCACUACUUGGUGCUGGAGCCCACGUUGGCCCAAGACAACCUCUGGGCUACGCGAUCGACCCUUCUUACACGGCUCCUUGUUCCGUCGUCUGCCUUUGACAUGCUUUGCAAACUCGCUGUACUGGUCGCAACAACUUGUCGCGAGCACGCAUUUACGUCGAAAUUCCAAGAUUUUGACCUAUAA